AUGGACAUUGACGAUAUUCUCGCCUCGGUGGACCGUGGUCCCGGGGCCAGUCCUGAAUCUGCGGCCAUCGAUCAUCAGCAAUUGACGCGAUUCUGGGUCGCCGAACGCGCCGUGUCUGAAGUACUGCCCUGGCCAGCGCCAUUGAUGGAACGCAUGAUGGAUCGUGUGCGAAUACAGAUCGAAACAAUCGAAGACCUCGCCGCAUCAUCCGCCGAUCCCGACCUCUCCAGUACAUCACGCCCAACAACCCACAAUCCCAAUCUCAAUCUGCGCCUCUCCAUCCUCCAGACAGACCUUGCACGAACCCAAUACAUCAUCCGCUCUCUGCUUCGCGCCCGACUUGCCAAACUCACCAAACACAGCAUGCACUACCUCGUCCAACUAGCCAGUCGCAACAAGAAUCCGCUCUCAGCAACCGCCUCACAGUCCCAGUCGCAAUCGCAAUCGCAAUCGUCCGCGACGAACGCCAUGCCCGAAGACUCGGUGCCGGACGUAUCGGCCUUGAUCGAUACGGCGCCGCUGUCUGGGCCAGAAACAAGCUUUGUCCAUGCGCAUCAGACAUUGUUAGCUGGGCAUUAUGGGGCGUCGUUUCUCGGGGCGUUUCCGCGACAAUUGAGGCGGUUGGAUGAUAAUGCGGGGGGGACGAGUAUGGUGCAGGGGCCGGAGACUAAGGAGGUGGUCUUUGUGAGGUGUUUGGCGGCGCAGGUGGAUGUGGUGAUGGAGGGAGAGAAUGAGAAUGGGGAUGGGGAGUUGGUGGAUGAGAUUGGGGUGACGAUGCGCAUGGGAGAUAUUUGGGUGGUGAGGUGGGAUGGAGUGAAGAGGGCGUGGGAGAAGGGGGAGGUGGAGUUGUUGUGA